AUGGCCUCCAAAACAGAGAACAUACCGGUCCUGAUCAUCGGCGCCGGCCCCAGCGGAGCAACUCUAGCCCUCCAUCUAGGAAAACUCAACAUCAAAUCCAUCUUUCUCUCCCGCCAUGCAGCAACAGCAAACACUCCCCGCGCCCACAUCUUCAACCAACGCGCCAUGGAAGUUCUCCGGGACGCUGGUCUUCAAUCUCUCGUGGAAACUCUAGCUUCGCCCGCCCAUCAUAUGCAACAUACCAGUUGGAGCAAUUCUUUGAGCGGCGAGGAGUAUGGUCGCAUGUACGCUUGGGGGAAUAAACCCUGUGAGAAGGGAAGGUAUGAAGAUGCGAGUCCUUGUGCCAUGUCUGAUUUACCACAAAGUUAUCUUGAGCCGGUUCUUGUUGAGCAGGCGACGAAAGGUGGAAUGGCGGAGGUUAGAUUUGGGCAUGAGUUUCUUUCCGCCGAGGAUUUGGGGGAAGGGAAAGGGGUGGUUGCGAGGAUUCGGAAGAGGGAUAAUGGGGAGGAAUAUCAAAUUCACUGCGAAUAUCUCAUCGGGGCAGAUGGAGCGAGGAGCAAAGUUCUCGAUGGAGCAGGAAUUGAAGUGGUUGGGAAGACGAUUAACUCGGCGUUUAAUGUGCAUAUCGAAGCGGAUUUGUCGAGGUAUAUGGAAAAUCGACCGGGGAGUUUGAAUUGGGUGUWGAAUACCGAGGCACCGGAGUGGUCUGCGAUUGGGAACUUCAGGAUGGUGAGGCCUUGGACUGAAUGGGUCGUUUCAAUGCAUCCCGCACAAAAAGAUGGAGCCAUCGUUGAUCCAACUGAGGAACAAAUUCUCAGUCGUCUAGAUCAGAUGAUUGGGGAUCGAGAACUCCCCAUUAGGAUCUUGUCGACUUUCCGAUGGUACAUCAACGAUCAAGUAGCGAGGACGUAUCAAAAAGGACGGAUUCUCUGUAUAGGGGAUGCAGUCCAUCGCCAUCCUCCAAUUAAUGGUCUCGGAUCCAACACUUGCAUCUCCGACGCUUUCAAUCUAGCUUGGAAGCUCGCCUAUGUUCUGAAAGGAUACGCAAGCCCAGCUCUUCUGGAGACUCUCACUACGGAGAGGAAACCUGUUGGGGAUGGAGUAGUCCAUCGUGCGAAUACAGGCAUGAAAGCUCAUCGAGCUCUCUGGGCCAUUUUAGGAUUGACACCACUCGACCGGGAGAAAGCUAUUGAAGAGCUUACAAGACCAGACGAAAGUGGAGAGCAAGCGAGAAGACGUUUGGAAGCUGCGUUCGAGGCGACGGAUGCUGAGCUUCAAGCUCUUGGAAUACAGAUGAACCAGAUCUACACGAAUUCAGCUGCCACAAAGGUCGAAGAUGGAGAUUUACCACCCAGCUUGGAUGGUCUGAAUCUGCUGAAAGAAGUCGCCAUCUCAACAUAUCCCGGCUUCCAUCUCCCACACGUCUGGCUCGCGAGGAGUGGCCAGUCACCGAGAGUAUCAUCUUUGGAUCUGUGCGGCCAUGGUCGUUUCACGGUUCUGACUGGAAUUGGAGGACAGUGCUGGCUGGAUGCUGCGGAAGCAGUGAGUGGUCAGCCAGGGUUUCCCGAAGUGGUGGGUCACAGUAUUGGAUUCCGUUUUGAGUACAUGGAUUGUUAUCGAGACUGGCAGCGGGUAAGAGGCUGUAGAGAAUCCGGGGUGGUCUUGGUCCGACCUGAUCAUUUUGUGGCAUGGAGGUUUGACACUUGUUCGGGAAACGCUGCUCGACUACUAAGGGUUGCGUUGGAGAAAGUGCUGAUGAAGUGA